AUGCCUGCACUGGGGCUGCGUGAUGCAAUCAUCUACUGCCGCUUUGUGCAACGGUACCAGAAUAUUAAUGGCACGCAAUUUACAGGUUAUGUUUAUGCUUUCCAGGGGAAGAAGAGAUCUUUAAGCUUCUGUAGCACACACCAGACCAGACAAUACUAUACACGUGUUAAUCAUUCUACCCAAUUCUCUUCAAGAGAACUUCCCAUUGCUUCUGGAUUGCAACCGGUGGUGGAGCCGCCAGACAUUCUUAAUUGUGAGCACCAAAAGAGCCAAAUGUCUGAGCAUCAUUGUGGCCGCCCCCAGCAGCGGGCCGAGGUGCAAUGCAACAAUAGCCAACCAUCAGCCUUGAUGAAAGAAGUAACACAACAGCAAUUAGUACCCACAAAAAUCAUGUCCUCCUUUGUUCUCCUCAUCUGCUUCUUCCUCCGCUUCCUACCCACAGCCAUCUCUCCCGCUCCUCCUUACCAGCCCAUAGACCAAAUCCUCAUCUGCUGUGGCUCAGAGUCAAGUAGUACUGACGACAACGAACGUAACUGGGACGGUGAUGCUCGUUCCAAAUAUGCACCACUAAACAUCGCCACCACGUCUAUAGCCUCCGAAACAACAGAACAAGGCCCUUUUGUCCCGAAUCGAGCCCCUUACACCACAGCUCCAAACCCUGAACCUAUUCCGAAUUCUUUGCCGCCAGGACCAGAUAUUAGUUCAGAGAAAAAGAGAAGUAAAGAUAUGUCUCAUCUGCAGGAGGUGGCAAAGAAUAGAGGCUGCGACGGGGCAGUGGUGGACGGUGGAGACUCCCCAAUGUUCCCGUCAUAUCCAAUACUUCAGCAAGAGGAGCCAACCAGCACAGACAACGACGAAUUAUUUUCCGGUUCGGGCGAAGUUGAGGUCAAAUUAAAGAGAGCUAAUACAUCAUCUGCUAGCAACGACCUAUCUAAGAGCAGUAGCACAUCUACUGAUAUCGGUGACAGAUUAAAGACUGGGACUAUUUUCUCUGAAAUUAAUAAUUCAGUAGGGCGUUAG